GGGAUAUUUAUUAUGAAGAUGAAAAAAAUGAGGAACUUGGCUUAGUGUAUUUCAAAUUGGUAGCAAAUAAAGGAUUUUUAGCAAUCUGGUUAGAUGGAAUACGAUCUAUUGAAUUUAAAGAUCAUAUACUUAA